AAUAAUGAUUCAGAAAUUACAGGUUUCAAGGCCUUGGCCUUGUAUUUUGAUUCAUCAUCGUAAGUCUGAUCUUCAUAAACACAAUGAAAGAAUAGUUGUCAAAAGAAGUAAUAAUAAAAAAUGACAUUUGGUACUACUAAUAAUAGUACCUAAAAGCAUACGUUUUUUUCCUCCCCCUUAAUCCUAUUGCCUCUACUAGCUUCCGAUUGGUAUAACAUGAUGAUGGUGCCAAAUUGCCAAUCAUAAUAGUAGUUUGCUUCAGUUUUAAUAUAUUAAUUAAUAUUUUUUAAAUUCUGAUUCCAUGGUGGAUAAGUUCCCUUUGUGUGCGCACCUCGUAUCUUGGGAGAAAGAAAACGUCUCUAGUGAAGCUUUGGAGGUUGCUCGAAUUGCUUCCAACAGAUAUGUAAGUUUGCAGGAAAGGAUGCCUUCCAUGCGAGUCCGUUCAUCCGUUCCAUGUCUUGCGUGUCAACAAGAUACUUUCCUUUGCUGGAGCUACUAGGCUUCAAACUGGCAUGCGAGGUGCUUUUGGCAAUUACAGGGCACUUGUGCUAGGGUACACUGGUCACGCUAUCCUUUUCGUUUGUUGCAGCGAUAUUACACUUAUAAAUUAUUUUAAUUUCAUAUCUUUCAAACGUUAAUUCUAAUGUCAAAUUAAUUGCUUCAAAGAUAAAUUGAUUAAUACUUUUUAAAUAUUAAAUUUUUGUUUUGGUCAAUAAAAUAGUAAAUAUAAUAUAAAUAGUUUUAGAGCAGUUAUUAGCAAAAAGUACAAGUAAAAAUGGGAGGAAAAUAUUAAUAAAGUAGCAUUCUUGCUCCAACACCCCACCAUUGUCCCAUGGAAUGAGGAGUAAUUUUUCAUCUUAUGUAUCCUUUCACAACGAGAAAUAAGAAAGAAAGCCCAUAAGCCCAAAAUUAUAAUUUGUAAGUGAAGUGAUAGGGAUUAUGGAUCCAUCCAGUGAGAGUAAAUAGUAAAAAAAAAUAGUAGUGCGGUAAGUAAUGUGUGAUUAUACAGUGUAUGUGAAUGGGCCUAUGGGCUUCUGUAAGAUGCAAGUGAAGUAGAAAUGGGGAAAUAGGUGUAGAAUUGGAUUAGAAAUUAGAUGAUAAUUGGUGGGCGGUGAGGGUUGACGUCGUAUUGCUGAGUGGCUGAGUAACCAGAAAACAGUGUGAAACAGGUUUUUAAGGGAAACUUCGAAAUUGAAAGAAAUUUCCUUUCGGCCUUCGGGAAUUGGGAGUAAAAAUAUAGAUUGGGACUUGGGAGAUUGAAGCAGGAACUAAAAAAGUAGAGUAAAUGGAUUGAGCAAAGAAACAGGAAUAGGAAAUGGCUUACAGAAGGAGGCAGCAGCAGCAGGGAAUCUCGACAUCAGCAGCAGCAGCAGAUGAUUUGGUAGAUGUAGAAGUGGAUGCGGCCAAAGCCAUAAGGGCAUCUUCCGCCCACAAAGAUUCUUCUCUCUCUUCCGCUUACGGCUAUGGUUCCCUUCAUUCCUCUUCUGCCUCUCCUCUCUACGCCGCCACCGCUACACCCACCCCCAAGGAUUUCCCGUCCCACGAAUACGAAUCCAUGAAAAGUUUAAAUGAAUCCAAGCAAGGAUUUUGGGGUUCUCUUGCUAGAAAAGCUAAAGCCUUUUUGGAUGAUGAUAAUGUGCAACACGAAUUUGAGUCCGAUGGACGACCUAAAUCAAAGCUGCCUCAGAGGCAAACGCCAGAAAAGUACCAUAAUAUAUACCAGUCACAUGAUAGGCAGCACAAAACAGACAAUCCCACAUUGCAGAGGCAGCACAAAACAGACAAUCCCACAUUGCAGAAGGGCCUAGGUGCAAUUGCAUCAUCCCUGAAUUACAUUGGUAAUGCUGUUGAGGAGGGUCUUACAAUUGUGGAGAACCGGACUGCAGGCAUCAUUCAAGAAACCCGCAAGCACAUAAGGAAAAAGCCUAGUGGUUCUGGGGCACAAAAUCAGGCUGCUAAACAGCCACAAAUGCAGCACCAUGUACGAACACCGGGGCAAGCUGAUCAAGAAAUUCAAUUGAAGGCAUCUCGCGACGUUGCAAUGGCUAUGGCUGCCAAGGCAAAGCUUCUUCUUCGAGAGUUAAAAACUGUCAAAGCUGAUUUGGCUUUUGCAAAGGAGAGAUGUGCUCAGCUGGAGGAGGAAAAUAGAAUCCUUCGUGAGAAUCGUGAAAGAGGAGACAACCCAGAAGAUGAUGAGUUGAUACGUCUUCAACUUGAGACGCUGUUGGCAGAGAAGGCACGACUGGCUCAUGAGAAUUCUAUCUAUGCACGUGAGAAUCGCUUCCUGAGGGAGGUUGUUGAAUAUCACCAACUCACUAUGCAGGAUGUUAUAUAUUUGGAUGAGAGCACUGAAGAAGUCACUGAAGUUUACCCUAUCAAGGUACCAUCAUUACCCAAUAUGAACUCCAUGCCUGCUACAUCAAGUGCAUUACCAUCUGAGUCAUCUCUUGACACAAGCCUGCAAAUAACUCGGAAUAUCUCUGUCUGCCCUGUGCCACCCCCGGAGUUUGCAGAAGGUUCCCAAAGUUCCACCCAGCCAAGCUCUCAAGUUCAUCUUUAGGUGGCAAAGUAUGCUAAAUAGACAUCCAAACUUUCGGUUUGGCCUCAUUCCUCGUUUAAUAUAUAUUAUACAUUUAUGAAGAAUUAAGAUGUUAACAAUAGUCUUUGAUUCACCUUUCUUAUUGGCAUUUUCCUGAAUUGUUUAAUUAUGAUCGUUCCCGUCUUGGUUGGUAUAUGGGGUUCUAUAACGUUUCGUUGUGUAUUUUAAGCCCUUUGGCUUGAUGAAUUGAUGGUCUAUUUCUGAAAGAUAUUGUGGUUUUAUGCAGUGAUAGAAACAAACUCAAGCUAUUAUUAUGC